AAAGCUCGUGCGACCGCGCGCCCAGGGAUCUGCCAGUGGGGAGGCCCGACCCCACCCGCAGUGGCUGCGGCCUGGGGCGGGGUGGGCGGGGCCAGGGAGGGCGGGGCGGGGCCAGGCCAGGGAGGGCGGGGCCGGGCCGUGGGGCCUGAGGGCGGGGCCGAGCUAGUGAGGGCGGGGCCGGGCCGUGGGGCCUGAGGGCGGGGUCGGUGCUGGUCACGCCCCGGGUGCGUGCUGACGCCACGGCGGCGAACGCCGGAAGCGGAGCUGGCGUACGCCGUUGCCGGGCAACAGGGCGGCGUGGGCUGGAGGGGACGGCUGGUGGCAGGUUUCGCCCGGCUCGUCCCGGCCGGGCCCAAGCGAGGCGGCGACGAAGGUGCGUGCGGGUCCUGGGUCUAGGACGCGUGGGGACCCUUGCGAGCCGCGGGCUGGGCGCUCAGCCGGCCACCUCGGACCCUGUCCAGACCCAGGCGGUCCAGGGCUGCCCUGCGGGCCGCGUGCGAAAGGGACUCUCUGGAGACCCCCGGGCGCCGUACCCCUCCUUCCCACUUGGGCCUCCAGUGGGAGCCCGGAUCCCGCUCCUCUGGUCAGCGUGGGGCUCCAGGCCCGCUCGCAACUCUCCAGAGAAGGAGCCCCGCCUUGGGCCGCUCGUCGCACACCUGCAGUGGGUCCGGGACGCGCGCCUGUGUCGGACUCUGCGCCGGCGCGCGUAGGAGGAAGCCAGGACUCCCGGGCGACCGAGCCGUGCCUGUGGCUUGUGUCAGCCCCACAGCAGCACGUGGGCACUCUCCACCAUCAGCCACUGGGCAGCCCGGGGCACUCCUGCGCGUCCCAGGCCCUCUCCAGGGCAGGGGAAGGUUGCGCGGCCAGCACUGUGGUGUGCGUGUCUUAAGAGCAGCCGCCCAUCGGGCCUGGCGACUCCAAGAUGCAAGACAGGCAGGAGCUGGAGGAAGAGCCUUUGAGUGACUUCCAGGAGGAGGCUUCCCUCCGAGUGGCACCUGAGAGGCUGAGUGAUGACAGUUUGGAAUGGAUACGAAUCUCCCCUGACCUCCUUCUGUCGGAUGGGAAAGCCAGCAACUCCCUGCCCCGUCAGGGCGGUUCCACCGGCACUACCCGGUGUCCUGACCCUGGGGAACACAGCAGCACUUGGGGGGAGUUUGAAGGCUUUCGGGAAUCUUCAGCUAAGUCUGGACAAUUCUCGCAGUCCCUGGAACUCCUGGAGGGGCCCACAGAACUCCAGCCACCGAGAACCACUUCUGCCCCAAAGGAGUGUAGUUCUCACCAACCGUGCCAGGGUGGACCUUGGGUGACAGGAACUGCUGCUGUCCCACCUUCUGAGCCCAUUCUCAGCUCUGAGAGCAUUUUAAAGUGUGCUUUUCAGGAAAUAACAGUUCAACAGGCAGCUGAAGACAUUUCCACCCUAGACCAUUUCCUAGAAGUAAGCAGUGAAGAGCCUGGCCUUGAAUGUGUACAUAAACUGUGUAAUGAAUCUAGAAGACUCUGGAGAGCCCUUCAGAACACACACACGUCUGCUUCUCAGUGCCUGUGGAACGAAUCUCAUUGCCAGGAGAAGUUUGUUCUCAUUCUCGGGAUGGAUGCCAUCGUUGUUAUUUGGCACAGGAGCCUAGCAGGUCACGAUGGUCCCCGGCAUGCCCCGUUUGCAGUGGCUCUGCUCCUGAGCUACUCCAGGAGGGUGCUUCUGAGGCCACCUGUCCUCCUGCCCGCUGUCCCUGCUGACCAGCUCCAGGCCUGAUCCUGUGCAGCCAUACUCACUGUGAAAGGCCUGCACCUCAGCCUAGGAGGGCAGGGGGCCUGGCCUAGGCCGCAGUUCCUCACUACACCUCAUCCUCAGCUAAGAGAAGCUGCUUUCCCACACCUGCUACUUCAGGGCCUAUUAAAUAAGUAUUUAAAACAAAAACAAAAAGAGGGGCCAAGGCAGGAGAAUUGCUUGAGCUCAGGAGUUCAAAACCAGCCUGGGCAACAUAGUGGUUUUGUUUUUUUUGAGAUAGUUUUGGAGUGCCCCAGCACCCACUCCAGCUGCACACAUGCACACCUGUGCGCACACACACGCACACCCUCCUAUGCCACCCAGACAGUCCCACAGCGGGCAGCCAGGGUGGAGGGAGCAGCUUCCUACCUGUGUCUCACCGUGGGACAGGGCUUGGGUGACUCGGAUAGCCAGUCCCUGAAAUGGGCUCAGCCUCUGGCCAGGGACAGGAGACAGAGGCACCGCCUCAACUGAGCUCUUGGAGCUGGGCACCCCUCCUUGUUCUCCUGCCCCUCAGUGGGUGGCUGGUCCUACUGGGUGCCUGGGCCCAGUGCAGCUGCCACAGGCCAGGCCACCAGACUGGGCUGGAAGAACAGGGUGAAGAUGGGAGAGCGUCCUGGGAGCAGACCUCCAGCUUGAGGGCAGCAAACACCCCACCUGGCCCUUGCCCUGCAGGCUCCCCAACUUCAUCAGUGGUGGGACCCACACCAUGGUGCCCUCUGUUCCCAGGCCUGCUCAGCUCUUUGUAGGGUCCUGGAACGCCCCUUCGUUGACCCCAGUGAGAAGUGAACCCACCUCUAAUGAAAGUCCUGUCUGUCAACCAAAUGCAGCCCACAGGCCUGACUGUGCUGCUGGGUCAGCUCAGGUAAGGGGAUGCCUUGGCAGUGGCCACCGGGCAGCCGGGUGGCAGGUUUACUGGGCACGCUAGAUUUCUCCACAGCCUGGAGAGGUGUGCAUGCAGGACACAGGAGCGCUCAUCAGGCAGAGGCUGCAUGGUCCCAACAGUCCCGCCCAGGUUGCUUUGUUUUGGACUGUGGCGGAGUUUUCAACUCCACUCUGGGCGUCUACCCAACAGGGGCCUGUGAACCCCCACCCUGUGCAACUUGCUAACCUUCAAACAGAUCCAUCUAACCACCCCAGUCUGAUGGGCUGCAGGAAUGUCACGAGGCCUCAGGCCAACCCAGGAUUGGGGUACAGUUUAUGUAUCUGGGGCCUUUUCACAAAAAGAUGAGGUGCUGAAGGGUCCCUGGAGGCCCCGGAGGUGGCAGGGAGAGCCCGAGCCUGGUGUCUGCAGGCGGAUGAGCCACAGCACGGUAGCCGUGGCCAGCAGGGCACUCAGCGCACCACUUCUGGGGCUGUUCUUGGAACUUCCACUCCCGCUCUCUGUAGUUUUCUCAAAGCUCUUGCUCUGGAACUGACCAAACUGUUACCCAAGAAGCCGGCCUUCACCUGCACCUCCAGCUCAUUCAGCGGUUCUCAGCUAGGGCAGUCUGUGGAGCUGCUCCCGGCCUACUCUGCAAGGCCCGCCAGCCCCUGCCGGCCUCCUCUGCGCAGUGCAGAGGCUCAUUCGGGCCCAGUGCAGGAGGCAAGGGGGCGGACCUGAGAAGCAGGGGCUUAUCUCCCAGGGGCAAGGCAGAGUGAGGGAUGGGCCACGCAGGGUGCGCCUGCACGGGGCAGCAGCCCCAAGGGCUUAAACUGUCCCCAGCUGCAGUGAGCCAUCAGGUGACAUCUCACUCAAAGGCUGCACUUGGCAGUGACAUCCUCCCAGACGGCGCUGGCCGGUCCUGAGAAUACUGCAAAGCCUCAUCAUUGAGGAAGAGAUAUGACCCUUGAACCCUCAGGCACCCACACAUCACAACUCCCUCCCUCCCUGCCUCCACUACAAGCCCUGAGCUGGCACUGAGGACACAGCCACCUCCACACGGGGCCUUCCUGAGUAAAUGCAAUGACCCAGCACACACAGCACCACCACAAGAAAGCGUGGCUCAGCCACUGCAAAAUCCCAGUUAAGGAUGUGGCUCGCUGGUUGCAGAUGGAAACUUCUAGCAACCCAGAAACCAACUGUGAGUUCAUGAAGAGGGACGUGAUCCCAACACCGCCUUCAGGCAGACACCGAUGCACACACGGAGUGCGGCAGCUCAGACACCCGCCCACCCCAGCCCUUACCCGCCUGCGCUCCGCUCGCCCGCUCAUCCGGCUACACCGAGACUCCGCAGGGCCAGCACGAUGUCAGCAUUUGUUCCACAGUUUGCUGCCGAGUCCUGCUUCUGUCACUGCCCUGCCCACUUCACUAAAGAAUGAACAUCCUGGGAGAAGGUGCCUGGCAGCUGUGGCGCAGCAGGGAUCCAGGCCAUGAUGACGGCUCAGUGCUGUGGAGACCUCCCCACCAGGAGGAAAUCCUGCUCAGGCGUCUGUGGGCAGAGCAGGCAGCAUUCUCCAAGGCGCGCUCUGUCAUCCCGAAAGAUCAGUUCCCUGGGAGGAGACUAUCUUCACGCUGUUCCGCAUCUUCUAAUAAAUAAGCGGCACCCUGGAAACCAGGCACUUCCAAGGUGGAAGGGGCUCUGAAGCUGUGUGCAAAGCACCCUGCACGUGCAGGGAACAUCCCCGUGAAACCACCAACUAAAAUGCCCGCUGCCCUCGGGGUCUGGCCAGAAGCAGGCCCAGGGAACAGUGCCGAGAUUUUAGGUGAUUGGAAUUUGUAUUUCUGCUUCUGAAUAAACAUUUUACAAACAACUUAAUAAACACUUGGAAAAUA